GCGAGGUAUGACGGUUUUUCGCGCGCGCACCACCCUGAUCAAAGACGUGCUUUUUAAGAAGCAUUAGGCAAUGUAACCAAAGAACACGUUAAUCAAAGCAUUUUGCUCCCGAGUUGUUACGGCUAAGGAUACCGGGGAGAGUGUAGUGUUAUACGAGUGGGAAAUCCGAUGAAAAAGCAAGUUAUGGUAACAAAGCAUUGAAAGUGAAUUUAACCGUGUUCGCCGGAUCAGCGUGUCGGCACAACGUGCAAUUCCUGAUCUUCCCUUCUCAGCACAGAAAAAAAGGAAAGAUGUAAAGUGGGGAGAGAAAAAAAGGUUUAAAAUCAAAUCAUGCGGUUGAAUGAGUUUAUUGCGCUACCUGUUUUGUGCGUUGUUGGUUGUGGCUGCUGCUGAUGCGUUAUCGUACAUGUGCGUGUGUUUGUGUCUGUGUGUAUAAAGGGUGAGCAAAUUAUCUCACCUCCAACCAAGUCAGGGCUCGGUGGGAGGAUUGUCUCUGUGUACGCGAUCCCGUUCACGUGUGUCCUGGGUGCAUUUUUCACAUUUUCGUAAAACCACCUUUCGAUUGGAACUACCUUGCCGCCGCCGCACGGUGGAUUGUUCGAUCGAGACCAGAUCAUCUUACCCAUCGAUGAUCGAUGAUUGACAGAGGCCGCAGACAGAAGGUGGGCUCCACGUGUGAGUGAUAAGUGUACGUGCGUAGUGUCGACGCUUUUCUCGCUUUUUGCGGGAAGAAAAAAUUGAAAAUAGAAAUUUUUGGUGGUAAAUUAAAGUCACGCAACAAAAAGGCUAGAAAAGAAGCAGCGUGCGUCGGUGGUGAAUUGUUGAUCGUGCGUGCGAAGUAUUUGUGCCCAAGUGUGUUGUUAAUCAGUGUUUGUGGUUUUCUGUUCUUGCGUGCGUGUGCUUGAGUGUGUGUUUGUGUGUGAGUGUGUGCGUAAGUGUAAAAUUCGAGCUGGUUAAUCAUGAAAUCAUCCAUGGCCAUUACGAAAAGCGCGGCAUUUCGUUUCAUGCUGCUUUUGCAUUUAUUUUUGAAAGUGAAAAUGUGUGUCGGCUUCGUCGAUGCGCUGGCCAUCGGUGACAGUGACAUUAAUUAUGAGGACAGUGAAGAGUGGCCGAUAGAGUCUGGCGGUGGCGGUGGUGGAGGUGGAAAAGAAGAUGGUGGUGUUGGUCGAUUGCCCGUCUGGGCACCGGCACGGAUCGUCUCCACCACCAGCAUACCGGCGCCGAGCAAUUUAAUGAGCUGGGAGGGCCAUACCGGCCGGUCCCGUAUGCAUCACGUUCGGCAUGAGCAACAUUACUUGAAACAUCGGCCAAUAAAGGUGCCAAACGCGGUGGACCCGACGAUGGUGGCCCACGAUCCGUACCAGCCACAUAAAGUGACCGGAUCGCAGCAAAAAUCGCGCCAUCACAGCCAACAGCAUCAUCCUCACCAUCAUCAUCACCAUCAUCAUGCGCGGCAUCAGGUGCAAACGCAUCCUGACAAAGAUGAUCGGAAGUCAAAUGUUGAUUCUUCGGAAGAGGAAGUAAGCUUGAUAGAGGCAAACAGGCAAAGUGUGUUGCAUCGUGCUGCUUCACAACCCUUCCAACGGAUGAUCGAGAAGGCAAGGUUAAAGGAUAUUUCGAACAGUAUGAGUGAAGAGCGUGAAGUACAGGAUCGUCAGGUAGCCAUCAACAGGAAGCGAUCGGCAUCUGCCUUCCACUCGUUGACCUCAAAUGCACUGCCGGAUGUGGGUUCGAGAAGUUCCCGAGUAGCUUCUUCAGAUCGUAGCCCGAAACCAUCCCAGCGGUCUAUAAACCCGGGCAGCAAAAACUACUUCGAGGAGCUGCUGAACAACUACAAAAGCAACGCGCCCUACUACAAGGAGCUUCACCAGGCGCGAACUCCUCAAACGAAAGCGUUACCACCGGGCAAAAGAAAUCAGCGAAGUUCUGCCGAAGCCACACAAAAAAGUGUUUCGAAAUCGAAAGCAUCACGGGCCAUCGACUAUGACCUCGACUAUCUGUACGACGACGAGACGGAUGACAGCGUACAAAAUGAUGCUCCUUCUGGCGGCACCCUGUCUACGAGUACGAGAGCACCAAGUACUACGUCGACUAGCACCACCACCAUGAGUACGACGACGACGACGACCACGUCUACUACCACUGCCAGAAGUGAUUCCGAUGAAUCGAGCGAUGGUGCCGGCUCUGAGGCGGACACCAGCUACAGUACGUACUAUCAGAAAGCGUACGCAAUGCACUCGAACCCGCGAAGAAACGGCAACAAUCGGUACAACAGUAUUGCAAGGCCACCGCAACCCGUGCAGCAUCAGCAGCACUACAAGCGCGUCCACACCGACAGGAUGGAUCCGGCCAAACAAGUGAGCUAUCCCGAACGAUACGGAUCACUCACUGACUAUAAGCAAGCAAAUUUUGGCUCCAAAGACGCUGUUGAACGAUCGUACAAUGCGUACGCCAACAUCAGCAAUGCAGGAAGUGAAGCGAAGAAACAUAUCCAUCGAAUUGAAAUGGAAGGCAAAUGCAAAGUGCCCAGACCAAAAAUUAUCCCAGCGUCAAACGAUAGGACGAAGAUUUUUACCCCCCACUGUACCAUUCUGCACCGAUGCGAGGCCGAUACGGGAUGCUGUGCGCCCACUCAAACUUGCGCACCCAAGUCAACGAGUGAAGUCAAGCUGUUCUUCUAUGUGAGUAACGACACCUACGUGAGUAACGUAGGACCCCGACAGCAGAGCACGGUAACUACUCUUACCUUCACGAACCACACCGAAUGCUAUUGUGCACAGUUGGAUUCUGUGCAUGGUCAGCGAAACAGCCGACCGCAGGUACAGAACUCAUUGGAGCACAGUGCGGAAGGAAGCGGAGGCUCUAGUGGUGGCAGCAUCAGCAACAGUUGUACAUGUCCACACCAUUUUAAGCCGGUCAUCGAUAACGAAUCGCAGUGCUACUGCGAUUGUCUGUCGAGCGAUCGGGACUGUGUUCGGUUUAAAGAGGGCUAUGAGAACUUUUCCAUGGAAACACGAAAAUGCAUCCGGAGUAAAAAGUGUAAUAUUCCGCGCUGUGAGUAUGGCAUGUACAACCGAUACGAAGGAAGAUGUCCGAAGAAGAUUGAACGAAUCAACGAACAGUUCCCGCAGUACCGGUGAAGAGAACCUUGGUAAACCAUGGAACUCUAGCAGAAAACGUGUCAGCAAGGAUAAACAACACGCGUGACACGGCCGUAAAAAGCUUGAGUCAAUCAGUUCGUACAACGUUACCAAACAUUGGAGCUAAAUUUUGUGCACGUUCGCACGUGUGUAGUAUCACCGAAUCAAGCCAUAGCGUGGCGAGAAGAUUCUGGUUUGUUUUUUUUUUCAUACUACAAUCUUGACAACGUGUCUGAGCACGUGGUAGGGAAAAGCUUGAGCAUGUUUCCAUUUGAGUGUGUUCCAGUUCCAAGUAAAGCUGGAAAAAAGGUGAAAAUCUAUUCCCGCAGGUGUAUUAUUGUGACCCUGUGUCCCCCUGCCAUGUUUAGCAAAUAUCAUUAGCUAGCCUUAGUUACUCAAUCACAGCCCCCAAACCCGCAGACAUACGCGUACACACAAUUUGUGAUUGUUCUUUAAGGAAAUACAACCGACAAUCUUCGAAACACUUGCCGCGCGUAACGAGGCGCGUACGCUCCCCUACGCUAUUUCGCACGAGAAAAAGAUUACACAACCUGUGUUUUGCGGCAGCUUUGCAAAGGAUUAUUGGGCGAUUUAGGAGCUCCCUAUACGAACGUAUAUUAUAUCGCAUUCUAGGUAGCGGAGUUUAGUGUUAGCCGUGUUUUAGAUGAGUAUGUGUAUAUAAGGCAAGAAGCUGAUUAGUACCCUAGCAAACAAGAGAAUUAGAGAGAAUUAUGUUCAUCUUCCAUUUUCUAUUUAAUCCAGUGCUCGUUAACGUUAAUCUGUUAGUUCACCACAAUUCAGAGAUCUAUUGUCGUUUGUUGAGCUGUUAAUUGGGCCACCACAGCUGUCGCUACUUGUAUCAACAACCAUCGAGCUUAUUCCAAUGCCCUCCGCCUCUUCUAUUCACCAUUCGAGGAAUCAAUUAGCUAUCCAACAACCAAUAGCCACAGUAAAUAUAUUGUAUGCUCGAACUGCGAUGAUGGUGCGUCACUAGGAACACGCGCGUUAAGCUUAGAACGGCUAUUUAGAAUAGACAACAAUGCGAAAGUAAGUAAGAAUAUAAGAAAUGUUAGGGCCUUACGUUUUGCUGCUUCAAUUACACAUUAAGGAUAGAUGCUAGUCACUUAAGAUUGAUAGUAUUACUACUCUUAUACUUUACCACUACGUAUCGUAAGUACGAAUUGAAUUCUCUGUCCAUUACCGUAACCGGUAUAAAUGCAUUGCGCAGGAAGUUCAGGAGAUUGCAGCGGCAACAUGAACCGCGACAGCAGCAAACAAGUUCAUUAAUCAUACGCACACGCCCAAACCAUGAAGCCCUACCGCAGAAGCUUGUUCCAUCCGAAUACUUGUACGCGUGCUCCUAGGUUUUAACUACCGAAGGGUCCGAUUUCUUUAAUGAAGUAAUUUUUAAAAAUAAAUGAACAAUUGGAUCGCACUUGAACACAA